UCCCGCACUGCCUGCUGCAGCCCAGCGAGUCCCGUGGGUCGGAGAACCCGUGGCCCCACUCUCCGCGCGUCCCCGUCCCCCCGUGGCCCUGGCCUCGGCCAUGAAGCGCAUCUUCUCCUGCUCCAGCUCACAGGUGGCGGUGGAGCGAUGGAACCGCCGUGACCAGAAGCUGCUGGAGGCCGUGCAACGGGGGGAUGUGGGACGCGUGGCAGCCCUGGCCUCCAGGAAGUCAGCCCGACCCACCAAGCUGGACCCCAGUGGCCAGUCCCCGUUCCAUCUCGCAGCCUCCAAGGGCCUGACAGAAUGUCUGAUGCUGCUGCUGGCCAAUGGGGCUGAUAUCAACAGCAAGAAUGAGGAUGGCAGCACCGCCUUGCACUUGGCUACCAUCUCCUGCCAGCCUCAGUGUGUCAAGGUCCUGCUGCAGCACGGAGCCAAUGAAGAUGCUGUGGAUGCAGAGAACCGAAGUCCACUGCACUGGGCAGCCUCCUCAGGCUGUGCUUCCAGUGUGCUUCUGCUGUGUGACCAUGAAGCUUUCCUGGACGUCCUGGAUAAUGACGGACGCACCCCGCUGAUGAUUGCCUCCCUGGGGGGUCACGCAGCGAUCUGCUCACAACUGCUGCAGAGAGGUGCCCGCGUCAACGUCACUGACAAGGAUGACAAGUCGGCGCUGAUCCUAGCCUGUGAGAGAGGCAGUGCAGAGGUGGCAGAACUGCUCCUGAGCCACGGGGCUGAUGCAGGGGCCCUGGACAGCACUGGCCACGAUGCUCUGCACUAUGCCCUGCGCACACAGGACCAGGCGCUGUGGGGGCUGCUGCAGCAGGCUCUGGACCGGCGGCGGCGGGGAGGUCAGGGGCUAGUUCAACACCCAGAUGCUGCAUCCAAGGCCUCUGCCUCUGAGCCUCAGGCUGGCUGCAGGCCUAAGAGUUCACGGAGAGCGGAGACCAACGCAGAGGAGCAGGGAGAGGAGGAGAGCCAUGGCCCUUGCUUGGAGGAGUGGAGGAGCAAGUACGAAGAGGAGCAGAGGAAAGUGUCUCAGUUGGAGCAGGAGCUGGAGAGGAAGACAGAAGCGUGCAGGGCUCAGGCAGAAGCCUACGUGGGCCUAGAGAACCAGAUACGAGAGCGAGCGCAAGAGCUGGGAAGCCUUUUAUCCCGGGAGGCUGGAGCCGGGGAUAGCCAUGGCUGCAGUGACAGGCCUGGAGGGGAUGGCAUGGAACAGGGCAGCGGGCCGCUGGAUCUUCUGGCUGAGCGCAUACAGGAGCUGAAGAGGCAGCAUCAGGCCACAGGGGCAGCUGCAACACCAGCCUUGACGGCGCACACUGCGGAGAAUGCAGGCCCCCAGGAGAACCUACAUCAGACCCGUGGCAAGGUCCGCCCGGAAGAAGAGGGAUCGUUGCAGAGCCCAAGGUCUGAGACCCCCAGGGAAGUCACCGCACAGCCAGUGACUGCCCUGAGUCCUGAGCGCGCCCACCAUGUGCGCACAGGUCAGGAGGGAAGAGCGCACGCCCCAGGGGCGGCCCCCGCAGUGGAGCCUGGGGGCUCCGCAGCCCUGAACCAGCUCCUGCUGCAGCUCCGGGAAGAGCUGGCGGCCGUCUGGCGAGAAAAGGAGGCUGCCCGGGGCGCGCUGUCCAGGUCGAGCCAGGAGGGAGCUGUGGGCAGCCCCAGGGCCGAAGCCGCCGCCGCAGCCUGGGAGAAGAUGGAGGCGAGGCUGGAGCGGGUGCUGGCGAGGCUGGAUCGGGCCAAGGCUGGGCUGCAGGCGAACGCUGAGGGGAAGGGAGCCACGGGAACCGUGGCGGAAGAAACCGAGGAGCGAGAGGACAGGGCCCCGGGGGUCCGCGGAGAGCCUCUGGGGGCGCCUGGAGCUGAGCACGGGCCUGGAGGAGGACUGGGCAAGGGGCAGCUGGAGAAGGAGGUGUCGGCGCUGAGGCUGAGCAACAGCAACUUGCUGGAGGAGCUUGGGGAGCUGGGGCGUGAGCGGCAGCGGCUGCAAGGGGAGCUGCGAGCCAUGAGCCAACGGCUGCAGCGCGAGUUCGUGCCGAAGCCCGAGGCACAGGUUCAGCUCCAGCAGCUGCGGCAGAGCGUGGGGCUGCUGACGGACGAGCUGGCCACGGAGAAGGAGGCCACGGAGAAGUUGCGGGCGCGCCUGGCUUCGCAGAGCAGUGGGCUGCGGGGGCUCUGGGACUGCCUGCCACCCGACCUGGUGGGCUCGGGCCCCACGGCCGCCGAGCCCCUGCACCAGCUGCAGGCUUGCGUCCGCGCCCUGGUGCAAGGGCACCGCGAAGCCCAACAGGUGCUGGCGCGAUUGCAGGAGGAAAACCAGCAGCUACGGGGCUUGUCUGGCCCUCAGGGAGAUCCCGGAGCCUCCCCCGGGGCUGCGGCCGCGCCCCAGGUGGCCGCUCUGGAGCAAGACCUGGGCAAGCUGGAGGAAGAGCUGCGUGCGGUGCAGGCCACGAUGCGCGGCAAGAGCCAGGAGAUCGGGAAGCUGAAGCAGCUGCUCUACCAGGCCACCGAAGAGGUGGCGGAGCUGCGCGCGCGGGAGGCGGCCAGCCUGCGGCAGCACGAGAGGACACGGGGCUCUCUGGUGGCGCAGGCCCAGGCGUGGGGUCAGGAGCUGAAGGCGCUGCUGGAGAAGUACAACGCCGCCUGCCGGGAGCUGAGCCGCCUGCGCGCCGCGGCCGCCGACGAGCGCCGCGGGGCCGCCGAGCACGAGCGCCGCGCCGGGGAGCUGCGUGCGCGCUCCGAGCAGUUCGAGAAGACUGCGGCGGCGCUGCGCGACAAAGUGGAGCAUCUGCUCGGGGCCUGCCGCGACAAGGAGGCCAAGAUCAAGGAGCUGUUGAAGAAGCUGGAGCAGCUCUCUGAGGAGGUCCUGGCAGUUAGGGGGGAGAAUGCCCGCCUGACGCUGCAGCUGCAGGAUUCCCAGAAGAAUCAUGAAGAGAUCAUCUCCACCUACAGGAACCAUCUGCUGAAUGCAGCUCAGGGCUAUAUGGAUCAGGAGGUAUAUAAUAUUCUACUGCGCAUACUCAGCAAGCAGGAGGAGUGAGGUCGUCUGUGCCUCGAGGGAGAUGGGAUUUUUCUGCUAAAGUAAGAGGCUCCCUGGUUGCCAAGACCCCAUCAGGCCCUGGUGCUGGGGAAUUGACCUCUAGGGGUGUCAUAGGGGUGGACCCCAGAAUGAAGACCUGAGCCUGAGAGCUGGAAUCAAGACGUGUGCCACAGGAGGUGUGGAUGCCAGCGCCUGGGCAAUAAAGCCGGAGGCAGGAUGGUGUCUGUCUGAUCUGUCGGAGGGGAGUAGGGGAGGAAAUCUGAAGUCAGCUGCUUUCAAACCUUUAUUAUGGUCCAUGGCAUAUGUUUUAGUCCUGUGUGUGCAUACCUGAAAUAAUAAUAAUCCUUAUUA